AUGGCCAGCCCCGAGCCCCGGCGCGGCGGGGACGGCGCCGCCGAGGCCGCGAGGAACACAAGAGCAGAGGCCACUUCUCUUCAAGAGGAGAACUCUGAAUCCCCGUAUGAGGUGGGGACCUGGAACCCAGAAGUUACUCUGUCUUUGGAAGGGACCUUGAACUUAGAGGAUAUUCUCUACCCAGGGGACACAGGUGACUUAGAUGUGGCUAUGUAUGUGGAAGAGACCGAGAAGCCUGAGGAGACGCUGCAUAUUGAGGAGACCAGGACGCCUGAUGAGGCCCUGUAUGUGGAGGAGCCAGGAAAGCCAGAGGAGAUGCUGUAUGUGGAAGAGCCCGUGAAGCCGGUGAAGACUACAAGCCCAGAGCAGAUGGUUUAUAGGGGAGAGACAGUCCCGAGCGAGGAGAAACCUAACCCCGAGGAGAGCCUCAGAGCUGGGCCGAGUCCCAGCACAGAGGGGAGCCUGAGCACAGAGGACCUGGAAUUGCUGGAGGGGCGUUUCCAGCAGUGUGUCCAAGCCGUGGCCCAGCUGGAAGAGGAGAGGGAUCAGCUCAUCCAUGAGCUUGUGUUGCUCCGGGAACCAGCCCUGCAGGAGGUACAACGGGUCCACCACGACAUCCUGGCUGCCUACAAACUGCACGCCCAGGCAGAGCUGGCGAGGGAUGGGCUGAGGGAGGAGAUCCGGCUGGUCAAGCAGAAGCUGUUCAAGGUGACAAAGGAAUGUGUGUCCUACCAAUAUCAGCUGGAGUGCCGCCGGCAGGACGUGGCCCAGUUUACCGAGUUCCGGGAAGUGCUGACCGCCCGGGCAGCCCAGCUCUCGGAGGAAUUAGCCCAGCUUCGGGAUGCCUAUCAGAAGCAAAAGGAGCAGUUACGGCAACAGCUAGAAGCACCUCCAAGCCAGAGGGAUGGGCACUUUCUCCAGGAGAGCCGGCAGCUCUCUGCCCAGUUCGAGAACCUCAUGGCAGAGAGCCGCCAGGGCCUGGAGCAGGAGUAUGAGCCUCAGCUGCUGCGGCUCCUAGAGAGGAAAGAAUCUGCGGCCAAAGCUCUGCAGAAAACCCAGGCCGAGAUCCAGGAGAUGAAGGAGGCUCUGCGACCCCUGCAAGCAGAGGCCCUUCAGCUCCAGCUGCAAAACAGGAAUCUGGAGGACCAGACCACCCUCGUGAGGCAAAAACGAGACGAGGAGGUGCAGCAGUACAGGGAACAGCUGGAGGAAAUGGAAGAACAACAGAGGCAGCUAAGAAGCGGGGUGCAACUCCAGCAACAGAGGAACAAAGAGAUGGAGCAGCUAAAGAUCAGCCUUGCUGAAGAGCUCUCAACGUACAAGGGCUGUUUAGAAACAUAUGGCCGAAUCUGUAACCAAGAAACAACAAAAAACUUCUUAGCAAAGGAUCACUAA